UUGCACCCCACAUCAAACCACACAGAUCAUCAACAUGCCAUCAAAUCUUCCAAAUUUACGGCGGCUUUUCGUAGAUGCGCGCAGUGAUGCAGAGGAGAGCGCAUACUCCAGAAAUGCUUUCUAUAAUCUUGCCAUCUUCAUGUCCUCAGUCGCUGUCUUUAGUCUAGUGGCCCAGCGUAUGGCUUCGGGAAAGGCAAUAGGUGCAUAACGAUCAGCAAGAGCAACUGGCAAGAAGAAACAAUACACCGGCCACGAGGUUCUCAUUGCAAUGUGUAUCAGACUUCAGACUGAGAUACUCGCCCUGGAACCCUCGGUUUGGCGCCCAUAAAGGCCUAUGGUCGGCGUUCACAUAAAUGACAGCUUCACUAGACGCUCGAAGCAACGAUGAUUGUCACGUUGUUCUUCGAUCCUGUCUAAUUUAAUCUUCCACUUGGAACAGGUGGUAAGACACGUUGGGCUCU